AAAAAUAUAGUUAAUAAAUUAAGGCACUAAUUUAAAAAUAAAACUUGUAUGUAUAUUCUAUAUAUGCAUAUACAUUCUUAUUUUAUAAAAUUUAUUUUGAAAAUAAUUUAAAUUAUAACUAAUGAAAUCAUAAUACCAUGCUCCCAGAGCAUAAUAGAAAAUCAUUUAACGAAAGGAAUAAUCUUAAUAUUAAUAAAAUAUCGCUUGAACCUAUACAUCAAACAAUAGAUACAACCGAUACAACAGCAACUACAACAACUACAACAGUAACAGAUCAAUCGAAUACAAAUAUAAUUUAUAUAACAUCAAGUAUAAAAGAGGAAGUAGAAGAUAUUAAACAACAGCAACAGCAAAAAUUACAUGAAAAAUUAACAUCAGAAUAUUCAACAAUAACAAUAUUAUCACCAACCGAUAUAAUACAUACAACAAAUGAAACUGUUGAUUUGAAUACAAAUUUAGAUAAUUUAGGUAAUACACCUAAAAAACAACAUUCAUUAUUAAAUACAAAAAAUGGUAUUAAAAAAUCAAAUAAAAAGUCAAAAUUAAAAAAAAAUAAUAAUAAAAAACAAUUUAAAUGUCAUAAAAUACCGUUAAUAUCAUUUCAAGAUAAUUUCAAUGAAACAAGAUAUCGUAGUGGACGUCGUAUUAAUGGUAUACAAUUGCCAUUGCAUCCAUUGCAAAUACUAGGUUGGAUAAUAUUAAUAAUAUUUGGUUUAUCAUCAUUUAUUGUUAUAAUACCAACAUUUACAAUUGAAAUACAACAAAUAUUAUAUGGUCUAUUAAUUAGUUUAUUUUUAAUACAUACAAUAUCACAUAUAACAGCAUUAUUAUUAGAUCCAGCUGAUAAAGAAUUACGUCGUUUACAUCAUAAUGAUCGUAUUGUACCAGAAUUUGAUAGAACAAAACAUUCACAUGUAAUUGAAAAUGGUAGAUGCCAUUUAUGUAACAUUAAAACAACAUGUAAUAGAACAAAACAUUGUUCUGUGUGUAAUAAAUGUGUUGGUAAAUUUGAUCAUCAUUGUAAAUGGUUAAAUCAUUGUAUUGGUGGUAGAAAUUAUGUUGCAUUUCUAAUGUGUGUUGUUAGUGCCGUGAUAGCAACAUUGGUCAUAUUGACCGCAGUUAUAGCACAAUUAUUAUUAUAUUUUUUUAAUAAAAAUUGGUUAAAUAUAUGGUGGUUAAAUAAUAAUACAAAUAAUAAUGAUACUGCAACAUUAUACAAAUUAAUAAAUGAUACUGAAACAAUAUCAUCAUCAUUUAUUGAUGGUAUACAACAAUCAAUUAAAAAUGUAUUUUAUAAUAAUAUUAACAAUAAUAAUAAUGAUACAAUAAUUAAUAAUAUAAAUUUAAAUCCCUUAGAUGAUAUAUCAAUAACUGAUUUAUUUAAUGAAACAAAUUUAUAUUUUGAUAAUAAUACAAAAUUUUUAUUAGAAACUGGUGAUAAUUUAACAGUAUCCAUACCAAAAACUGUAUUAAAAACAUUUGAAAAUGUAACAUCAUCUGUUCCAACAAAUGUUAUUAAUGGUAUAACAAAAGCAUCAAAUGAUAAUUUACAUAAUACAGGUGGUAUAAGUCCUUCAACAACAAGUGGUAGUUCAACAGUAUCCACAACAACAUCAUCAGGUAAUGAACAAUCUGAUACAAUUAAUUUAUAUAACGAUGAGGGAAUUAGUUUACAUGAUACAAUAUUUUUAAUUUUUAUUGGAUUCAUUGGUGUAUUAGCAGCUGUAACAGCUGGUUUAUUAUUACAUUUAUGCUUCUUUCAUAUUUAUAUAUCAUUCUUAGGUUUAACAACCUAUGAAUAUAUAAGAAAUCAUCGUCAAAAUAAUAAUGCUAAGUCAAAUAUUCCAAGUACAGCGCCACCUUCACAACAACAACAUCAUUCUCAACAAUCAUCAAAUAUAUUAACUUCAACAUCAUUGGGAGAUCAAAAGAAUCCGUCCAAAUUAUUUUUCAGAAAUUUUGAUCCGCGAAAUUCACAAAUCUAUUGUUGUUCCAAUGUUAAACAUUCAAAUCUGUUAAAUAAUUUAUAUCAUCGGCCUAAUAAAUUGCAUUGCUGUGAAAGAUCUAGAGAAUAUAUUGAUAGAUCGACAAUUUCGAGUGUACCGUCAACAUCCAGAGAAUAUUAUCAAAAAUCAUUAAGAACAUAUUAUUUAUGUUCAUUGCUUGAGGAAACAUCAAAAUUGGAGCAUGAACAUCUUCAACAUCAUCAUUAUCAACAACAUCAACAGCGUCAACAACAACAACAACAAUAUUUACAAAAUGAACGAUAUUUCAAUCAAAAAACAUUUCAUUGCUGCAGUCAAUUUGAUAAAAAUGAAAAUUAUACAAAACAACAUAAUGAUGAUGUUGAAGAGCAUACGCAACGAGCAAUGCUGCAUUUUAGUGAAAAAUGUACAUUUUGUUCAUUUCAUAUAACACCAUCACUUUAUGAUGAUAAUGAUCGAAAUACAACAACAACAACUAUUGGUUUAACAAAAUCUGAUAAUAUAAUAGCAUCAACAACAACAACUACAACAAGAGAAGAUAAACGUUGUUGUAAUUUGAAAACCAUUAAAAAACCACAUAGAUGGCGUCGUAAAUGGAAUUGUUGUUCAAAUAUACCAGAUAGUCCAGAUGUGCCGAACGAUAUUAUCGCAACAAUUUCAAAUUCCCUACCAUCUACAAAUAUUUCUGAUAGAUUAGAAUUAAAUAAAAAUUCUAUACAUGUUAUAAAUGAUCCAACACAAAUUCCUCCACAUUUUAUUAGAUCAAAUAAUGAUAAUAAUGAAUUAAGUAUAGAACAGCAAUUACAACAUCAACAAUAUCAUCAUCAUCAUCAUAAUCAACAGCAGCAGCAACAACAGCAACAACAAAAAAAUAUAAAAAUGCCAAAUCGUUCUAAAUUAAUUCGUCCCUGGCCUGUUAAACGUUUUCGCCAUAUGUUACGUGUAAUAGGUAGAUAUCGCCGUCCACAUUGUCGACAUACAACAAAUAAUACAAAUAAUUUAGGUAAUAUAACAUCUAUUAAACAAAAUCAAGUACGUCCUGCAACAACAAAUAAUAUAGGAUCAACAACAACAACAUCUGUUAAUAUAUGUAAUAAUGAUCAUUCAAUUUUAAAUGAUAAUUGUCCAAGUUCUCAUUGUAAUUAUUCUGAUUCAAAUACAAAUGAAACAAUAAAUAAUCGAAAAGAUGAUGUUUUUUAUAGAAAAUUAAAUGAAUUAACAAUGCCAACUUUACCACCACCAACACGUCGUAAAUUACCAAAUCCAACUGAUUUAGAUGAAUUAGCUGCAACAUUAGGUUAUGUAAAUACAUCCAGUUUAAUUGAUGAACAACAACAACAGCAAUUAAAAAAUGCAUAUAGACGUCAGAGACGUAAAAAUUUAUUACGUACAAGAUCUCCAACAUUAUCACCAAUACAUGAAUCUGGUUUAUCAAAUCCAACUUCACCACAACCAUGUAGACAUGGUUCAUCCUCUUUAUCUUCAAUAAAUGCAUCAACAACAACAACAACAGCAAUUUCAAUAACUGAUGCAACAGUAACGACAACAACAGCAUCAUCAUCACCUUUAAAAAAAAUUUCAAAAAAUGGUUGUGGAUUAAAUAACAAUAAUAAAAUGACUGAUGUUGUAGUUUCUAAUUUUAAAUGAUUAUUUUA